AUGAUAUUUUAUUAAAUAUGGAUGGAUUUAAAGGAAUCUAUAAGUACUUCAUAUUACACUGGUUUUAUUUAUCUCUCGAUUGGAGCAAUACUCAAUACCUCUCCUCUUUUGGAAAUGUAUCAUUUAAUUCUUAAAAUAGAUACCUAAAAAUUGCAGAUAAUGACAAUUAUGACCAAAAUUAGUUUUACCUUAUCUUAGACUCCUUAAAUGUUGGCAAAUAUAUGCUAAAGUCUUCAAUAUUACAUUCAAUCUACAUUUUAAUAAUAUUUACUUUUAACAUAUUCAUCAUCAUUUUGUUUAUGAUUUUAUAUUAUUUGAAGAAAAACAAUGCUUAGACAAACAUAGCCUUUGCUGUAUAUGGCCAAGUAUAUUCGUGAUAAAAUAUUUAUAUAGAUUAUUGGACAUUUAAUAUAACCCUAUUUUUGGUCAAUUAAUGGAUUUUUAUUAUAAAUCGAAAAUACCUAUUGGGAAUAACUCAAAAAUUUAACCUUUAUUGUAUUAGAUUUCAUAGCAAUUGUGUUAUAACUAUUAUUCUUAAUAAUCCUAGUACUCUUUCUACAUUAUGAUCAUUCUAAAAAAAAAAACUUUUUGAAAAUAAAUUCGCCCUAAACGCUCAUUUUUUGGAUUGUAACUAUAUUUUUCAAUAGCUGUUUAGAAUUAUUUAUUGAUUCAAACAACCAAUUAAAUGUAAAUAUCAUUGUUAUUAAAGGUAGCAUUUCCUUUAAUAUAAGUCUUCUUGUAUUUACUACUUUUUAUUUAAUUGCAUUUCGACUUACCUGUUUUCUCCAAUAAAUAAUUAAACAAUUAUUUCUAAAUUAUAGUAAGUAUGCAAUUUGCACUUGCUUUAAAUUUAUUAGUCUCAUUUGUUAUCAACUUUUUUGAGGAUCGUUAUUGCCUUUUAGUAAUUUUGACAUUUCUACUUAUUACUUAAUUAAAUUCAAAACUGAGAUAAUAUUUAAUAUUGAAGUCUAUCAACUGUUAUUGUGUUACCAGAAUAAUCGAUUAACGAACUAUGGUUUACUUAAAAUAAAAUUCAGAGUAUCUAUUAUUGUUGAGGGGUAUUGUUCAAAUGCAUUAAUCCAUAUGUUCAAAUAUAAAUUGCUUUUCUCGGUCAAAAACUAUUUACAAAAUGAGCUCAAAAGGAAAUAAAAGAAUACUUAUUAAUAGGGAUGCAAUUUAUGAAAAUAUUGGUAGAAUUUCUACUUUUUUCUUAAAGUGUACUUACGAAACGAUGUAACUAAAAAAAUAAGAUUAAAGAAUAAGUAUCUAAUUAAUUGAGCUAUUGUGUUAUAAGUUAAAAUUGUAUUCAGUAAGCUUAACUUAAAUAGAUAAAUUAAAUGAAGAUAAUUUAAACCUAUUUUAACGCAUAAAAAUAAUUAAUAUUCGAUUGAUUAUUUCUAGAUUAAUAAAACAAAAAAAUGAAUAAUCAUAUAAGUCAAAAUUACCAUUUGAUCUUUUACUGUAAUGCGAAUCAUACAUCAAGGAAACAGUUCAAAUAAUAAUCAACAUUUUUGGAUAUUAAUUAUAGUUCUGGAAUUACUUAUUAAAUGAGGAAAUUCGAUUAAUUGAUGAACUAUUCAUUUUAUAAAACAUAAGUAAAUUGAUCACAAUGUUUUAAGGAUUAUAGAAAUAGGUUUUAAAUUUGCACAAUAAAUAAAAGGUUCCUAUUAGAAAUAGGUAAUGGUUUAAUUACUUUUUCUUUAAAUUAUUUAUAUUAAAUAAAAAAUUAAAGUUGCAAGAUUUAGAAAUUUUACCUGAUUUUUAACUUAAUUUAGAUUAAAUACUGAAGGAUGAAUAUUUAGACGAAAAAUCUUCCGAUGAGGAACCAGCUAAUUACUAUUAGUAAAAGUUUUUAAUAUCUGGAAAUACAUUUGUAAUACAAAUUAAUUAAUCUUGCAUCGUUAAGAAUUGUACUAAUAAUGCAUUCUAAAUAUUAAAUUACAAUAAAUAAUCUCUAGUUAAUAGUUCUGCCACAAUUCUAAUGCCUUAGAUGUUUAAACAGUGUCAUUAGUAAUUUAUCAAUAAUUUUUAAUAAACUGGGCAAUCCUAUAAUCUAUAUAAGAGGAGGAAGGCAUUUUGUAUGCAUGACUCAGGUUAUAUAAUAACUGCCUACAAAUACUUGAAGUAUAUUUAUAAUUAUGCUUCAAAUUAAAUUGAAUACAUAGCUAUGUUUAGAUAGAUUCAAACAAAAUAAUAGUAUCUAUUAUUAAAUGAUGAAUGGGAAGUAGACUCAUGUACUUAAUUGCUUUAGGAUAUAAUUGGAAUCAAACAAAUAAGUUUAUUUAUAUUGGCUCCUAAAACUAUUGUGUAUUCACAGUAUGAAAAGUUUUUAACAAUGGAGAAUAAGGAAUUUUUUAGCUUAAAUGCUCCAAAUGUGGAUAGGAGCUAAUCCCAAUUAUUUUAUGCAUAGCCGUCUAUGGCUAGGAGUUCAUUAAGUUCAAAUAGUGGAUAAUUAUCUCUUUUAUAAAAAUAAGAUGAAUUGAAAGGAAGCUAUCAGAACUUUUUAAAUUUUGAUGAUGUUAUUAAUAUUUAAGACAAAUAAAAGUCAAGAGUUAAACAAGUGUUGUUCAAUUUAAGAGUGCCAAAAUAAAAGUAUGAAUUAGUUUAAGAAUUUCAAUAAAGAUUAUCUGAAUUUUAUAAUUAAGCUAUACACACUGAACCAUUUAGAAGAUAAUUAAUAGUGAAAGAUCAGUUUGGUAAAUAUAAAAUAGUAAAAAAUGAAUUUAUAAGAAGAUGCAAGGUUUACAAAGAGGUAAUAAGGAAGGAGAAAUUUAAAAUAAUAAGUAUUUUAUUAUAGUAAGAUUAGAGGAGCUAUUUUUAAAAUAUACGUAAUCUGAAGAGUGCAUUGAUAAGAUAUUAAGAGUAGAAGGUACAUUAAAAUUAGAGAAGACUUUGCAUUCCAUUAAAUAUAUACUAAUAAAGAUUGUUAGAACAGAGCUCAUUAAAGAAAUGCCACAAAAAUCAACUCGUGGUAUUAAUUUAUCAUUCUAAACCCCUUAAUCUUAUACAUUGUUUUCGGUAAUGUAUUUAAAAUAUCUUAGUCGCAAACAAAAAGAACAACCGUUACACAAUAAAGUCCAAGAUAGUAGUAUGCAUUUGCUUAUGGUAAUUUUGGAUAAUAAAAUUUUAAGAUUAAUUGGAUUUGUACUCAAAUAGAGAAUCUACUGGAAAAGUCUUAUUACCUGAGACAUAAGUUAAUUAAGACUUUGAUUAAAAUGAUCAGUAUAAGAAUAUCAAUUUCAUCACUUGUAAUAGUGAUCUUUUAAAGGAGGAUACAAAUAAGAUAGAAAAAUACAAUCCAUUAAUAGUUCAAUAUGAAUGUAUUAGUAGAUUCAUAUUUUUAUUGCAAAUUUUGAUAGUAUUUUUAAGCUUCUUCUUGACUUCCUUUAUUUACAACUCAAGUACAAUCAUAUAAUCAGUAAAUGCUAUUGAAUAUUUAGGUAAAUUUAGUGGAUUAUCUCUAUGAAUAUCAAAUAAUAGUAGCUCAAUCUUAUAAUACUUAAAUAGAUAUAGAACUAUUUAAUAGAAACUAUACUCGCUUGGAUCUUACAAAAGGAGAUUUGAUUGGAUUUGAAUCAGAUGAAUAAUUUUAUGAUUAUCAUCAAAAAGUGACAUAAAAAUGUGGUGAUUAUAUGUAUUUUGUUUUCUUGGAACCUAAAUUUUUGAAAAUGCUGUACGAGAAUUUUCAUAGUAGUUCAAAUGAAAGUGGUUUGGAUAUUUAAACAAUUUAUCAAGCUAAUUUAUACCUAUUAAAUAUGCUUGCCUCUUAAUAGUUUAGAGAAGAUUUUGGAAUAUCAGAUAUAUUUCGUGAAUACAUGGUAACUCUUAUAUUUAAAUUACAUAGCUUACACAAUUUUAGGAAAUUUAAGCUGAUUCAAUGAACUAUCUUUAAAAUUAGGGAUUAGGAUUUCAAGAGAUUUCCAAUUCAAAUUUCAUAUUGUUUCUCAUUUUAUAGGCAAUCCUUUAGAUAACUAAUUUGUUGUAUCUAAUUAGAUUUUAAUUUUAAAUAUAGAGACAGUACAAUGUAGAAUUUAUUACAUUAUUGAAAGGUUUUAUUUAGAGUUUAGGCAGUUAUACCAUACUAAGAGAAGGUUGCAAUCAUAGAAAAGAUGAACACAACAAUAAACUAGUUCUAUUAUGUAACAAAUAAUGAAUGUAAACUAUUACUCAGCAUUUUAUAGAUGGAGAUUUAGGAUAAUUCAUCACAAUGAAAAAAUAACAUCAUUCAAGAAAAAAAUUAUCAACGAAAAGGAGUAUUAGUAGAAAUGGUUUUGAGAAAAGUAUUAUAGAUAUAGAGAAAAAAUAAGGAGAACAUUUUGAAAAGAAGACAUCGAUAAAAUUCAAGCAGCUCUCAUUCUUAUAUAGUAUGAAAGUAAUGAUUUUUGUAUUUAUUUAGAAAAUUGCUGCUAAAAUAAUUGCAAAUCUACUAUUAAUAGCAUUGAUUGGUAUUGCUGGCGUUGUCACAAUUUAUUAUACUAUAAAGAAUAUAGAGUUAUUUAAUUAGAAUUAAUUUAUGUUCAAUAACUAAAAUGCUUGGGUAUUACCUGCCAUAAAAGAAAUAUUUACUAGUUAAAAAUAUAGAGGAUAUACUUUUAAUAAUACAAAUGCUUUUAUCAUUCUUUAAACUUAUUGUAAUUAAAUGUCCUUAGAAAAUCCAGUAUUUUAUGAAUCAAACAUUGAUGAAAUAUUGUAUUUAUUUGAUAAUAAUAUGUGCAACGGAGAUAGUAUGUAUUUAAUUUAUUCUCUUAAGAUGAAAUCAUUCUUGAAUAAUGCGAUCUUCUUAUGAAUGGAGCAUUGACUAGAGGAAUCAGAUAAUAUGAUUUUUUGCUUUCUUAGCUGGCUUAAAAGGUAUUGAAUCCUAAUGAUGAAAGAUACGAUAACAUUACUUACUCAUUCAUAUAUGAAUUUAAUAAAGUAUUUUCGAUGUAAUUUAGCUAUAUUAUUUCGUUUUUGAUCAUUACGUACUCGCAAAGGACAUGUGGGUUUAAGUCUCGAAUGAUACUCUAUAAUAACAUGAUUAAGUCAGUCUUAUAUUAUUGUAAUUAUAAUAAAUUGACAUAGAAUAACUAAUAUUAUUGGAAUAUGUCUUUAUUUUAUAAUAUUUAACGAAUUAGGUUACGUAUAGUUUAUAAAGAAGGAGUAUAAAUUUAUAAAAAUGUUUUAUAAAUCAUUCAUGCCGAAUGUCUCUAUUAACCAAUAAAAAAGAUUGAGAGUAGAGCUAAUCAAGGCAAGAUUUAUUAGAAAAUGA